GGUGUCCCUGCCCGGUUUCCUUUAGGCUCACCUGUUCCUAGAGCAAUGUCUUCCCAGCAGCAGCAGCAGCAGCAGCAGCAGCACUGCCCACCCCAGAGGGCCCAGCAGCAGCAAGUGAAGCAACCUUGUCAGCCACCCCCUGUUAAAUGUCAAGAGACAUGUGCACCCAAAACCAAGGAUCCAUGUGCUCCCCAGGUCAAGAAGCAAUGCCCACCGAAGGGCACCGUCAUUCCAGCCCAGCAGAAGUGUCCCUCAGCCCAGCAAGCCCCCAAGAGUAAACAGAAGUAAGGAUGGACUGGAUAUUAACAUAUUCCACCAUCCUGGCUAUCAGAUGGAACCUUCUCUUCUUCCUUCUCUCCUUCCCUCCAGCUCUUGAGCCUACCCUCCUCUCCCAUCUCCUCCUGCCCAAGAUGUAAGGAAGCACUGUAAGGAUUUCUUCCUAUCAUACCCCUCCCCACACAUACCACCUUGGCUUCUUCCAUAUCCCACCCUGAUGCCCUCCCAGGUAGGCAUGAGAGAGACCUCAUCCUCUCCAGGCUCCAGCAUGGCCACAGCUAAGGCCCAUCCAUUCCUCAAAGUGAGGAAAGUGUCUGGGCUUUUUCUGGGGUUCCACCCUGACAAGCAGGGUCACAGAGACUGGCGCACAGUUUCUGCCUCAUUCCUUUCCCUGAUGCCCCCUAAUCUGGGCUUCUCUCCUGUUUUCCCCAAUAAAAUAAUGUGCUUCAUG